CGAGAAUAGACGGAUGGUUAUUGAGCGCUCAUAAGUAGGACGUUUUGGCUAUAUAUACCAGGUUUUAUGAAGUUUUUGAAAGGAAAUAUUAAGAAAAGAUUUUCAACUUGCAGUCCGGUAAAGUAAUGCACAAAAUACAUAAUUUCUUUACAUUGCCAAAGCAAUGGAUAAGUUGAAAAACAUAACCACCGCAUCGUGGUUGUGAAAAUAUCGGCAUGCCGUGAAAAAAUCUUAAGAAAAACACUCACAGCUGGGAAAAGAAGGUAGCUGAGCAUAACAUCACAUUGAGUUUUUAAAAAUGCAAUGCAAAUCGGAUAUUAUUCAAGCGAGUGUGCUAAGCUUCCAGACGUUUGUGCGAGUAGUAGAAGAUGGUGUUUUAGAAACGACGAAUGUGCUAAAAAUGUUGACUUCCUUGCUGCCCAACUCAGUCCGAUAAAGUACACCACGAUCACCGAAGGAAUUGUCAGCAUACCAUUACUUGGAAGCGCAAUCUUUCAAAAUCAAUUUGGUUUGAAAACGCAACAUCCCAUUAUACCGUUAUUACAAAAUCAAUCGGUAAACAUAAAUGACGUGGCCCACAAAAUUGUCGGUAUUUUCAAUCAUCAUGAUCAGCAAAGAAAGGAGCACAGACGUUGCCCAAUUCAAAGACUAUUUGGACUGGCUUGCUAUCAUUAAGCAAAGCAAAUCUCGCGGAGUAAUUUUAACUCUUCCACAACAUCCUUGUUCACAAGCAUACUACUAAUUGAAGCUAUAGAACACUGCCUUACGUUUUAUAUUCAAAAUUUCUUGGCGUUUCAAUACA